GAGUCGAUCAUUACGUUAAAACCCACAACCCCUCACGCUGGCCCAUCACUUCUGGGACAUACUGACGGUUAGGUACAGACGGCGGGGAAGCUGAACAGGUAGCUUCAAUAGUUUACCUUAUAUCACAGGUUGCAUUGUAACCUUUCUGCGUCUGCCUACCCCACAAGCACUAUGCUAACGGUUUGAGGCUACCUGACACAGCUCAUAGGCGAGACCGCCAUGUUUAUGGAUGAGACAUCUGGUAGACGAGGUGGUGAAAGCUUAUAAAGAGCUUCAAAGCUGAGCUGUUUGGUUCGGAGAACAUGUCUAACUUUGUUCGCUUCCUAUACCCCUUCUCUCGCCUAAAGCUAUAUCAAUCACAUCCUUCACGAAUCUUCUUGUCCUUGACUCAAACGCCCCAAACCUUCAUUGACGCCCACCAUGAGGCUCGCCUCAGUGUGGACCAGCGUCGUGCAGGUCUUCAGUUUCCUCACCUUCUCUUCCCCAGAGGACGGCAGUGAUCUCUCAUCACAGCGUCCCCAAGUCCCCAUCGCACUGGAAGAUGUCCAUCAUCACCACCCUUUCCCCCCCAGCUCCAACAAUGCCGUCGACGAUGUAGUCCCCCUCUACACCGGCGGCAAAGAACGCUCCUACAUGGUGAACGACCACCCCGUCGUCGGAACACCCAAGAGUCCCCAGGAAGGAGGCCCCGGCGGAGGGCUUAACUGCCAUUACCCCGACAUGAAGGAUUGGGAGCCUUGCUAUGGCCCUGAGAAUAGGACGUGCUGGCUGAAGCAUAAGUAUGAGGAUAAGAGAAUUGAUAUUAUGACUGAUUAUGAGAAUGAGUGGGAGAUUCCUAAGGGGAAGGUUAGAAAGUUCUACUUGGAAGUCUCGGAGCAACCUAUUUCCCCGGAUGGUACCACGAUGGAACAUGGCAAGGUGUUCAACCGCACAUAUCCAGGGCCUUGGAUUGAGGCGUGCUGGGGGGACUGGCUUGAGGUAACCGUAAAGAACAAUCUCCGCUGGAACGGCACAUCCGUCCACUGGCACGGCUUCCGCCAAUUAGAGUCCUUCCACAUGGACGGCGUCAACGGCAUUACCGAAUGUCCCAUCGCCCCCGGCGACACCUUCACCUACCGGUUCCGCGCCAUGCAAUACGGCUCAGCCUGGUACCACAGCCACUACUCCUUACAAUACGGAGACGGCCUGCUAGGUCCCAUCACCAUCUACGGCCCCUCGACAGCCAACUUUGAGGCGAACGAAGCGUUCAAGCCUUUGUUAUUAACAGACUGGAACCAUCGCAGCGUGUUCGAGGACUGGCCGCUUAUGCUUAAAUCGGGCGUGGCGCCGUCGAUGACGAAUAUCCUGAUUAACGGGGUGGGACAGUUUGGCUCUGCUGGGAGUAAGAAGAAGAAGUAUACGCUUUAUUUGGACGAGAGGAAGAAGCACUUGCUGAUUCUGAUUAACACGGCGGUUGAUACGACGUUUGUUUUCUCGAUUGAUAAUCAUACGAUGGAGGUUAUUGAGAUGGAUUUUGUGCCGAUCGUGCCGUAUAAUACUACUAAUCUCAAGAUUGGUAUUGGCCAAAGAUACCACGUCCUCGUUCACGGCCUAAAAAACCCGUACGAAGCCGAGAGAUACGGCAACUACUGGAUGAGAGUGACCCCGGCACGAAAAUGCAGCAAGUUCACCUACGGUCCCGAUGAGCAGAUGGGUAUCAUCAGGUAUAACAGGACUUUCCAGACCAUGGAAAAGGCGCCUGAUCCCAUGUCGGAACCGCCUCUGUACGAGACUACCUGUGCGGAUGAGCCACUGGAAAAGCUGGUGCCGAAGAUACCGUGGACGGUUGGGAAUCCGGUGAAUAUCGAUCCCAACGUCGUCAACCAAACAACACUCCCACCCAACAAGCGCUACAUCUUCAACGUCGGCCUGACCAUGUCCGGCGGUCCCAACACCAGCACGCCUUAUAUCCCCGAUGACAAGGCUUACGCCCGCUGGGACAUGCACAUCGCCCCCUUCCGCAUCAACUUCUCCGACCCCACGCUCCUCGCCCUCUCCUCUCUCGACUCCCUCAUCACCCAACCGCACCUCGACAUCGUCACCCUCCCCACCACCGAUCCCAACGACGACAAAUGGAUCUGGAUGGUGAUCACCGCUCCCGACAAGGUCCCGACCGAGGGACAAAGGAUCUUCUUCCCCGCUGCGCACCCGAUUCACUUGCAUGGCCACGACUUUGCGGUGUUGAGGCAGAGUAGCAAGAAUUGGUAUGAUGAUCCGGAUAUUAGUCACAUUGGCGAAGGGAGGUGGUUUACCCCCGACAAGUUGAAUUGCGAGAAUGAGAGGCUGGAUUGUGACAAUCCUACUAGGAGGGACGUGGUGCUUUUGCCGGCUAGCGGGUAUGUGGUUGUUGCUUUUAAGGCUGAUAACCCUGGCGCCUGGAUCCUCCACUGCCACAUCGCCUUCCAUGCUUCCUCUGGUCUGGCUAUGCAAAUCAUUGAGAACAAGGAGUUGAUUCCGGCUAUUAUGGAGAAGGAUAAGCCGGUUAUUGAGGAGAAGUGUAGGAAGUGGAGGGAGUGGCAUGGGGAACCGAGGAAUCUGUGGGAUUAUGAGGAGCCGAAGCAUUUCCAGGAUGAUUCGGGCGUGUAGGUAUAUGUAAGUGAGUGGCGAGACCGCCAGAUUGAUUCGAACGAGCUACGAUUAUUGUGAACCUCUCGAACGGGAGGGAAUUAGUUAGAUCUAGACCUAGCUCGUGCAUGAAGUGGCUGCUUCCCAUGUU